AUGGACCCAAGUUACCAAGUCAUCCAUGGACAUAACCAGAUCCCCGAUCAAAGAGGAACUCAAGCAAAAAAGGAUAUGAGUUCUGAAUUUGAGAUACCCUUACAGAAUUUGAGUCCAGACUGGAACACAAAACAUUCUAGAUGUUGCCAAGCAUCCGGAGGUCAAAAAGUCGCAAUUGACUACUUUGCAGUGUGUGGCCCAAAAGAAAAAGUGUACGCCAAUAAUAAUUAUGAACUAUUUUCAGAUGAGCCACUACCCCUAGUUAGCUGUGGUCCUUACUCCAGCUUGCUGCCUAAAGAAGAGAAGCCAUGGAAGACGGGCCCACUGCCAGACCUGAGAGACAUCGAACUGAAGCUGGGCGCAAAGUUACCGGAGAGCCCUAGUUACGGUCGCUCCGUGGGGAGGAUGCCGGUCAGGGACAGAGACAAGGACAAGGACCAGGGCAGGGGGUGCUGCAGCAGUCAUGCAGCUGCAGCUUGUCUCCCUCUUCUUUUUCCCUCUUCCUCGUCCUCCCCAGCGUCUGGCUCUCCUAGACGCAGCAACUCCAGUGCUCUGGAGAGACUGGAAACCAAACUACAUCUUCUCAAGCAGGAGAUGGUUAACCUCAGAGCCACUGAUGUUCGGCUCAUGCGGCAGCUGCUUAUCAUCAAUGAGAGUAUUGAGUCUAUCAAGUGGAUGAUGGAAGAGAAGGGUACAAUCACCAGCAGAGGCAGCAGCCUCAGCGGGAGUCUUUGCAGUUUACUGGAAAGCCAAAACACCUCCUUACAAGGAAGCUAUAAUAGCUUACAGGAUGGCAGUGAUGGAUUGGACGGAAUAUCAGUGGGCAGUUAUCUGGACACUUUGGCAGAUGAUGUCCCAGGUCACCAGACUCCCUCCGAUUUGGACCAGUUCAGUGACACCUCCAUAAUAGAAGACUCACAGUCUUUACACAAGCAUCCCAAAUUUGAUUCUGAGUACUACCGUUUUGGCUAAUAACAAGGGCUUUCUCAAGGGACUGGUGUGCAAUUAACAUAUUUAUCUUCUUUCUCUGCUGCUAUUUUAUUUUUGUGAUAAAAAUGCAAACUUUUCCAAGGAAAGCUUAUUUUGAAACUGCUUUACAACUCUUCACUUGCUCCUAACAUUUCUUUUCAGGAUUGAUUUCUCCUCCUGCCCUUCUUAAUCUCCAUUCUUAAUUUAUUGCAGAGACUUUUCCCUCAUAGUACAAUGCCACAAUUAAAGUGGGAAAAAAGAGCAAGCAAUAAACUUAUUUUUUUCUCUUUUAAAAACACGUGUUCAGGGAUUACCAAUAAAACUUUUUGCUAAAUUUAAAAAUAAACCAUGUUCUGAUACCA